AUGACUUAUGAGAAGGAUUACCUAUUGGCUCUCAGGCCAUUUCCUGAGAAUCCUACUUCGCUACUCGGACAGCAUUGGCAUGAAAUCGUGAUAUCGUUUGCCUUCUACGAGGCGCUGUACUUUGUGUCUCCUCUGAUCUGCAGAACUAUCUUUGGGGAUCUUUACUCCAAGGACAGAUCCAAGAAGGAAAAAAUAAACUUUGACAUACACGUGGUGUCGAUGGUUCAGGCGUUGGCGUCGCUGGUGUUGUGCGUGCCAAUGUUCUACCACCCGUUGUACUUCUCGGGCGCCGUAUUUGGGUCUACUCCAUACGGAGGAUUGGUGGCCAGUCUUACGGUUGGAUAUUUCAUAUGGGAUUUGGUUGUUUGUGUUCAGCAUUAUUCGCUUUUUGGAUUCGGGUUUUUACUGCAUGCCGUCGCCGCUCUUUACGUGUUUCUGAUGACUUUUAUGCCUUUUAUGCAACCCCACAUUCCUUCGUUUCUGAUCUUUGAGCUCUCUACGCCUUUCGUCAAUGUCAAUUGGUACUGUUCAAGACUUCCGACAGGUUCCGUUCCCAACAAACUUAUUCUGAUCAAUGGUUUGUUGUUGAUGAUCUCUUUCUUCACAGUCAGAAUCCUGUGGGGAUUUUACGCUGCGGUUAACUCUUUCCUCCUAUGCCUCAAAGUCUGGGAUCAACUGCCUGUGUGGCUGCCGGUGAGUAUCUUUUCGCUGAACAUUGCACUUGACUGUUUGAACCUUCUGUGGUUUUACAAGAUGGUUUUGAUCGCCAAGAAGAAGGCCAGGGGAGCCAAGUCCAGCAAGCCAAAGGAACAAUAA